ACGCAGCCUUAGCAGCGUUUCCUGGAGAUCGGGAACGACAUCCGGGUUACACAUAGGUUGCUGCGGUCGCCAUGUUGCUGAAUGAAAUUAGCUCCAAAACAUUGAAUAGCCGCUAGCAAUAUCGAUAUUUUAUUUUUUCGUGGAAUAAGAGUUGUUAGAGCACGAAAACUAUUGUAAAUAUGACUUAGGAUUUAUAAAACUCCUACAGAAGCCCCAUCCCCUAUUAUUGUGUCUAGACGUAGCAACAGUGUCACGCAAUGCACCAUGGAAGUGGAUCACAGAAUAUGCAACGACAGCUCCAGAGAUCCAAGUCUGUCAGUGCGCCUGAGGCAGAGGAUCAGCAGCAACCCACAAUGGCAGUUACACAGCAGCAAGCUACAGUUAACCAUCCUCAGUCUCCUGUGACCACAUUUUCCUCUGCUGCCAGCCCAUCAGCCCCUCAGUCACCCAAUUAUCAGAUUAUCAUGAGUCGCAGCCCAGUCACUGGCCAGAACAUGAACAUCACAUUACAAAAUGUGGGACAGAUGGUGACUGGUAAUCAGCAGAUCACCCUAACCCCACUCCCCAUCCAGAACCCAGCAUCCCCUGGCUUCCAGCAUACUACACCUCAGUGGAGGUUUGAGCCUGCUCCAUCCUCCUACAUCCAGGUCACCUCACCUGUGCCCCAGCCUAUGCAGCCCCAGAGUCCCACCCAGCACAGCCCGGUCCCCCUGCAAAGUGUGACAAGGCCAGGAGCACCCACAGCAACCUUGGGUGUUUGUGGGCAAAGUCCAACACGAUUUGUCGAAGCUGGUAUGUUAGUGCGGCAAAUCAGUUUAGGCAGUCCAUCAGGAAGCGGACACUUUGUUUACCAGGAGGGGACAGGACUGGCUCAGAUUGCCCAGACCACACCUGGCCAGGUACAGCUGGCAUCUCCUGGAGCGCCAGGCUCAGUGAGGGAGCGUCGGCUCUCUCAGCCUCACUCACAGACUGGAGGCACCAUCCACCACCUCGGACCUCAAAGUCCUGUGGCCACCGGUACCGCUCUCCCCACUCUGGGCAGCCCUGGUCACAUCACCACCUCCAACCUACCUCCACAGAUCAGCAGUAUCAUUCAGGGACAGCUUGCGCGCCCUAUGAUAUUUGAGAAGACGUCACAAGGUGUGGUUGCUGGAGUAGGAACCACGGCCACAGCCACAUUCAGUAUACCCUCCUCCAUUCCACCCUCUAGCCCAUCCCUCACCAGUCCAACACAAGGGAUCCCCAACAAUCCUCUUGCGCCCUCCAGCAUGGCAGCGGGCACUAUGAAGAAGCAGGUUCCCAAGAAGUUGGAGGAAAUUGCUCCUUCUUCUCCAGAAAUUGCCCAGCUGAGAAAACAAUGUUUGGAGCACCACACUAAGAAGAUGGAUAGCCUGAAAGAAGUGUUCAAAGAAUACCUGAUUGAGCUUUUCUUUCUACAGCACCUCCAAGGAAACAUGAUGGACUACUUGGCAUUUAAGAAAAAGCCCUGUGUUCCCUUGUAUACUUACUUGAGACAAAAUGACUUAGACCUUGAAGAAGAGGAGGAAGAAGAAGAACAGUCUGAGGUCAUAAAUGAUGAGGUAAAGGUUGUUACUGGAAAGGAUGGCCAGGCAGUGACACCAGUUGCCAUAGCAACACAGCUUCCUCCUAAUGUUUCCGCAGCUUUCUCUGUCCAGCAGCAGCUUCAGGUGAGGGAGGGACAACUAGGAGCUGCUGCUGGCACAAUUACAAACCCUGGAGACAUGGAUGCCUUUAAGAGGCAACAGGCUAUGGUGCAAGCAGGCGGGAUGCCGCCUACUCCUCAAGCAGUCCAGAUUGCAGGACAGAAGCCGAACCAGCAACAGUACGACCCAUCUAAAGGUCCUCCUGUGCAGAAUGCAGCCAGUCUGCACACCCCUCCUCCCCAGCUGCCUGGCAGGUUACCCCAAGGUGCCCUCCCAAUGGCAGGCCUGCCCAUGGCACUCUCUCAGCAGCCUCAGUUAGUGGACAACACAGCUCAGACUGCUGGUCAGCUCCAGGCACAGGUGAAGGUUCAGGCAGGUGGACCUGUCCUGUCCACAGUGAACCCCCACACACAGCUCCAGGCACAGUUGCAGCAGCAGAUGCAGCCAGGUCUUCAUCUCCAGUUGCAGCCGCAGCAGCAACAAUCUCAGGCCAUACUACAGUCAGGACAAGCGACGGUGGCACUUGCUCGGCCUGGUACAGAGUCAAACCAGCCAGUCCAGAGAAUCAUGACCAACUCAGUAUCCAUGACAUCUAUAUCUUCUGCUCCCCUCUCUGCUCCUAAUGCUGUUCCAACCUCCCAUGCUGCAAAUCCACUCAGGCCUCUUGGCUCAAACAUCAACCCAAGUACCCAGUCCAAAUUGACUGGAACCAAUGGCAUAUCCACAGUCAAAAUGGGCAGCUUUGGUCAAAAUGCGACCAUGCAGUCCUCACAGGAAACUUCUCAAGAUAAGCAAGUUGAGCAGGCCAAACUGGAGAAUCAAGUGCAUCAACGCAUCUCUGAGCUAAGAAAGGAGGGCCAGUGGUCAGCCAGUAGGCUCCCCAGGCUUGUGGAAGCCUCGCGUCCAAAGUCCCACUGGGACUACCUCCUCGAGGAGAUGCAGUGGAUGGCAGCUGACUUCGCCCAGGAAAGGAGAUGGAAAGAAGCUGCGGCUAAGAAGCUUGUUCGCACAUGUGCACGCUACCAUCAAGAGCGGAAGAAAAGUGAGGAGCGGUCAAAGAAAGAAAGGGAGAUUCAUCUUCGUCACAUUGCCAGCACAAUUGCCCGAGAGGUGGAAUUCUUCUGGUCUAACAUUGAGCAGGUUGUGGAAAUUAAACUCCAGUUUGAAAUAUAUGAGAAGAGGCUCAAAACGCUCAGCUUACAAAAAGCCUCAGCCAAAGUACCUGGUCAGUCAACAGGAGUAAAGGCUGAGAAAGAGGAGGCGACGACUUCAGUAAGAAAAAGAAAAUUAAGUUCAUCCUUGGUUGAUGAAGAUGAUGAAGAGAGCACCAUAGAGGAACAGGAGGUCAUGGAGGGUGAAACAGACCACAAAGCAGAGUUGGUUGACCUUGCCAAAGAUGCCGAGAUGUCUCUGGAUGCUUUGAUGAAGCAGUACGCUGGUGCCUACUCUGACAGCUUUGAGUGGCCUCAGCCUAGUCUUCAGAGUGAUGAGGAUGACAUGGAUGAGACAGAAGAAUUGGAGUGUCCUGCAGGUAGUCCACCUGAGGCAGUGAUGAUUGACUCCCUUCUCAGUGUUGAUCAGUACCGUGCUGACAAAGCCACAUCGUCCGACUCUGAUGGGAAGCCUGCCAGAGACAUAGCUGAAGUGGCUGCUGCCACUGAGCUCAUCUUGCCCAAGGGCAGUCUAAGGACCACUUCCUCAACCCGCAGCCCAGCCCCUUUUCUACUACAUGGAGCGCUUCGAGAAUAUCAGCAAAUCGGUGUUGACUGGCUGGCAAACCUUCACAAGAAACACCUCAAUGGCAUCCUAGCAGAUGAGACAGGCCUGGGCAAGACCGUUCAGACAGUGGCUUACAUGGCCCACUUAGCUGGCCAAGAGGGCAUUUGGGGACCCCACCUUAUUGUAGUAAGAACAUGCAAGUUGCUAAAUUGGGAGGUGGAGUUCAAGCGCUGGUGUCCUGGCCUGAAGAUCCUCUUGUACCUUGGUAACAGAAGGGAGCGCAGAUCUAAGAGAAUGUGGUGGGGCGAAGCCAACAGCUUCCAUGUAUGUGUGACAUCCUACAAGCUGCUGAUGAAAGACCAGAGCCAUUUUUUGAGGAGGAGGUGGAGGCACCUGGUCCUGGACGAGGUGCAGCUUCUCAAAAGCAUGACUGAGAAACACUGGGAAACAGUCUUUGCUCUCAGAAGUGAGCAGAGGAUUCUCCUCAUCAACACUCCUCUACAGAAUACUCUAAAGGAGCUGUGGACCAUGAUCCACUUCCUGUUGCCAGGAAUCACCAGAUCCUACUCUGACUUUCCAGUUAAGGCUGGCACAGACCAGAACCAGGACUACUGCCACAAAUUGGUCAUCCGCCUGCACAGGAUGAUCCAGCCUUUCAUCUUGAGGCGCUCCAAACGUGAUGUGGAGAAACAGCUGCCCAAGAAGUACGAGCACAUCCUAAAGUGCCGUCUCUCCAGCAGACAGAAGAGCCUUUAUGAGGAUAUCCUCACUCAACCAGGAGCCCAGGAGGCGCUGAAGACUGGUCAUUUUGUCAGCGUGCUUCAGGUGUUGAUGCAGCUACAGCGAGUAUGUAACCACCCUGAACUGGUGGCACCCAGAGAGAACAGCAGCUCCUACUUUAACUCCUCUCUACAAUACAACGUCCCAAUGCUGGUGCUGGAAGCUCUUAAAAAUGACUCAAGCAAGAUUGCAAACAUGUCCAUAUUUGAUCUAAUCAAUAACGAGAACAGACUAACUCGGUAUCAGACCGAAGAGGCAGUACCCAAACUAAAGGUCACUCAACAGCUCAUAGAGGAAAUCUACACUGGUCCCGAUCCAACACCACGACCCAAGCCAUACCCGAUAAAAGCCUUGAGAUUGUUCCAGCCAGUGCAGUAUGGAACAAAGCCAGAGGGUCGUCUAGCUGCCAUUACAAGCACGGUAGGCCAGCGUCCUCCAACAAGCUCUCCAACUACGAGCACCUCCACUUCCACCAACAGCCAGUCAGCUCUUCCCAGGGGCAAGUCCCCCGUUAGCACUGCAACCACUACAGCCACUUCUCACGCGGCUGGAACAGCUACUCAGAGAGCCCAGACUACCCCUUCUGUCAGCAGCAGCAGCAACAAUGCCGCCUCCACUGUAGCCUCCUCUGGGAACACUGGCAUUGGGCAGCAUGUGCUGGGGGCUGCCUCUGUGGCCUUGGGCACAGUUGUGGGAUCUGUAGCCCCUAUCAACCAGCCUGGACUAGCACAGAUCCCCAGGCCAGCUCUUGCCCCCAGCCAUGCCAUCCAGCCCAGCUUAUUGUCCCAGAGGCUGGUUCUUACAUCUCAGGCCCAGGCACGGUUGCCUAGUGGAGAUGUGGUGAAGAUCGCCCAGCUGGCCAACAUAGCAGGCAGUCAGAAUCGUAUCUCCCAGCCAGAGACUCCUGUCACUCUGCAAUUUCAGGGUAACAAGUUCACUUUGUCCCCCAGCCAGCUCCGCCAGCUCACCACUGGGCAGCCCUUGCAGCUCCAAGGUACACUCGGCAACAUCCUGCAGAUUGUGUCAGCUCCAGGGCAGCAGAUCAUCAGGCCCCCGGGAUCCAUGGUAAUGCAAACAAUGCCACAAGCAGUUCCUGCCACCAAUGCCUCAGCGACACCUGGCACAAUUCAUCCUGCGCUCCCUACAGCCCAACCAAUAUUGGGUCCAACUACAAAUGCCACAUCAUCCCCCUCCAAGCUCACUGCUGCAACCCACACUGGCUCUCAGGAGUCUUCAGAAGCAAAGACUCAGCAGCUGAAGGAGCGUUUGAGACGUCUAUUAGAUGCAAAUGAGCGGCGCUGUAGCCGAAGAGUCUUGUAUGGGUCAGACCUGCUGCAGGCAUGCACUCUGAGCUCGGAGCCUGGUCACUCUGCCCUGACAGCUGAAGGCUGGAGGUGGGUGGGUAGAGAGAGCUGCAUCAGGGCCCAGAGAACCUGCGUGGCUACCACCUGUACACUGCAGUCCACUCUGCUCUCUGUGGAGGACCGCCUGGAGGCUGCCAACAGCCUUAUUAAGAGGCUGGUAUGUGUGGUGCCUCCAGCUGUAGCCCCACCUCCUCACCUGUAUGCAGCCAAUCCCCCGGUUCCCUACAGCCUUGAGAAGAAGUCUCUUCAACAUCAGCUACAGGAUGCAUCUGCCCCUCACAGUGCUGAGAUCCACCACUUGGCUUCCAGACAUCUCUUCCAUUGUCCUGACAUGCAGCUAAUGCAAAUGGAUUCAGGUAAACUUGAAGCUCUUGCAAUUCUGCUGCAGAAGCUUCGGUCAGAAAGCCGUCGUGUCCUCAUCUUUACUCAGAUGGUGAAGAUGCUUGACAUCCUAGAGGCCUUCCUCGAUCACCGGCAGCUCACUUAUGUGCGGAUUGAUGAAAGCUUCACUCCUGAUGAACGACAGGAGAGUAUGAAGAAGUUUAACAGGAACAGGAAGGUGUUCUGCAGCAUCCUGACCAACCGUUGCUGCGCUGCAGUUGGGACUGUGUUUGAUGCAGAUACCAUUAUCUUCUACGACACAGAUCUCAAUCCCAGCAUGGAUGCCCGCACCCAGGAGUGGUGUGACAAAAUUGGACGUUCAAAGGAUAUACACAUAUACAGGCUGGAGAGUGGGAACUCCAUUGAAGAGAAGCUGUUGAAGAAUGGCACCAAGGACCUGAUCAGAGAGGUGGCUGCCCAGGGUACUGACUAUACCUUGGCUUUCCUCACACAACGGACAAUCCAGGAUCUGUUUGAGGUAGAAGCAGGCUCAGGGGAGAAAGUGGAGGAGUUUGUGGUUCUCCACCAAGAGCCUUCGGCGUCUGAAGCAAUCUCUCCCAGAGUGGCUAGACCAUACAUCCAGGCUCUCCACAGCAUAAACCUGGAUGCCCAGCAGGAAGAUCAGCAGCAGCAGAAGAAGGAGGAGGAGGAGGUGGAGCAGGAGGAACUAGCAGGCAAAGAUGCAACAGAGGAUGACCAGGAGUUAGAAAGCCAAGUGAAAGAAGAGCCUGCUCACAAAGAAGAGCUGAAUGCAGUCAUGGAACAGCUCACACCAAUUGAGAGGUAUGCCCUACACUACCUGGAGUACCUCCACAUCAGUGACGAUGAAGCUGUUCUUAAGGAGCAGUUGGAGUGCACCAAGAGAGGCUGGGAGCUGCAGCAGCUGCAGAAGCUCAAGGAGGAGGAGGAGGAGCGGCAGAUAAUGGAGGGAGAUGAAGAUCUCUUCACCUACACCAGAGAAGAUGCCUACAACAUGGAGUAUGUGUUUGAUGCAGAGGAUGGCCACACAGAAAUUAUGCCGGUUUGGACCCCACCUACACCACCGCAGGAUGACAAUGACAUUUACAUUGAUUCUGUGAUGAUGUUGAUGUACGACACCACACCCAUGCCUGAGUCCAAGCUACCUCCUGUCUACAUCCGCAAGGAGCACAAGAGACUCAAGAUGGAUCCCUCAGCAGCAGCCAGAAAGAAGAAGAAGGGCCAUGGAGAGACGGUCAUUCCUCCACGCUCCCUUUUCGAGAAGGCCAGCAUGCUGAAAGUUCGCCGUGAGGGAAAGGACCAGAAAAAGAACUUCUCCCUCAAGCAGCAGGCACCCUUUGCCAAGCCCCUUCCGUCGCUGGUUAAACCUGCCAUGGAGGCUAGCCAGGACAACCCAGAGUGGCUCAUCAGUGAGGACUGGGCUCUGCUUCAGGCUGUAAAGCAGCUACUGGAAUUGCCUCUGAACCUGACCAUCGUGUCUCCUGCCCACACUCCCAACUGGGAUCUGGUGAGCGAUGUGGUGAACUCUUGCAGCCGCAUCUACCGCUCUCCCAAACAGUGUCGUAACCGCUACGAAAAUGUCAUCAUUCCCAGGGAAGAGGGCAAGUUGGUGUAUGAGGCAAACCCCAAGAAGAAAACCAAGAGCAUAUACAAGUCUAAGAACAGCCGUCCUCUGAGGACCUGUCAGAUCUACACACAGGAUGACAAUGCAACGCACAUUCAGCUCUACAAUAGUCGCUUUGAACUCAUGAAGAUCAUUGCCAGCAAGAGGAGCCCACCAAUCAAACCACUUCUUGGCAUGAAUCCAUUCCAGAAGAAUCCCAAACAUGCCUCAGUCUUGGCAGAAAGUGGGAUCAGCUACGACAAGCCCCUACCUCCCAUUCAGGUGGCUUCACAACGUGCUGAAAGGAUUGCCAAAGAGAAAAAGGCCCUUGCUGAGCAGCAGAAGGCUCAGCAGUUGGCCCAGCAGCAGCAGGCCGGAGCGCCUCAGGCCCAGACUGCACCUGGCCAGGCUCAAGCUCCUGCUGCCGCUCAGGCCCAGGCCCAGGCCCAGGUCCCUCAGGCUGUCACUGUGACCGGAGCUGCUGCUGUGCCUAAUGCAGCAGUUCUGGCUGGAGCCAUAAAAAAUGCCACAGUUGGCACAACCAUCCAGGCUGCCACGGUAGGAGGGAAUGUGAUUGUGAACACAGUUGCUGGAGUUCCUCCAAGUCCCUUCCAGGCCAACAAACGCCUGGCAUCUCCAGUCAUCCCAGGCACCCUGUCUCCUGCAACUGGAGCUGGAGCCCAGGUGGUCCACGCACAACAGAGGGCCGUCACUGCUGCCGCCCCUGCCGAAGUGGUCGCCAUAGCUACAGGUCAGGGUGUUCGAGCCGUUACCCCAGUGACAGCAUCUGCAGUAGUUUCUACCACUCUGAGCCCAGUGCAGUCACAGACUCGUCCACUGGUCACUCAGGUCACAUCAGCCACAGGUAUGUCGCUGUCACAAGGAAAGCCUCUCACCCCAGCCCACCUGCAGAUGCUCCGUCAGCAGCAGCUGCAGCAGCAACAACAGCAGACGGCUUCCCCACAGAUCAAAAGUGUUGGCAAACCGCAGGAGUUGUUAAAGUUGCACAAGCACAAGUUGCAGCUGCAGCAGCAGCAGCAGCAGGUGGCUGCAGCCGUGGCAGCAGCAGCAGCUCAGGGCCAACAGGCUGCAGGAGCCCAGCAGGCCACACAGGUGCAGCCAGCACAAGCUGCCCAGUCCAACCCACAGUUAGCAGUUGCAGCACCCAGACCUGGAGCUGUGCUGACCGGCACAACUGUGGCUAACCUGCAGGUGGCCAGACUGACUCGAGUGCCCACGCAAGGCCAGAUUCAGGCCCAGGCAGGGCAGACGGCCCAGGUGACCCUCACCAAGCCCCCCGUGGUCUCUGUGCCAGCUGUGGUCUCAUCAGCUGGGGUCACCACGCUGCCAGUCACUGUAGCAGGCAUCAGUGUUGCUAUUGGUCAGGCACAGAAAACAGGCGGGCCUGUGCUGACACCGUCCUUCCCCCAGAUGCAGGUCCAGCAGCUGCUUCAGAUGAAGAAGCAGGCAGCAGCUGCGGCUCAACAAAAGGCAGGGCAGCCACAGCAAGGACAGGCCACUGUACAACAGAAGAUCGGCACCCAGCAGGUGACCGUGCAGGCUGCCCAACCAGCCCAGCAGCAGCAGCAGAAGGUGACCUACGCAACCACACAACUCCAAACAGGAAUCAAGACCCAGUUCUUUACUACAUCAAUCGCCCAGGCUCAGAAACCCACUGGAGCCCAACAAAUCCAGGUGGCUAAGCUCCCACAAAUAGUGCAGCAGCAAUCCACUGUGGCCAACCUCCAACAGAUCGUGUCUUCUCCUCAGCAGAUCCAGGCCCAGACUGUGACUCUGACACAGGCAGCCACGUCAGCUCCUGCUCAGGUGCAGAUGAUUCCCACCGGAACAGCAACCGCCCAGGUGGUCGGGCCGAAGAUCCUCCAGCAGCAGGUGGUGACUGCAGCCACCUCCCCCCAGAUCCAAACACCUCCCCCUCACAGCCCCGCCCAGCAGCCCGCCACGCCCUCCGCCGCCGAGUCCCCGGUGCAGCAGCAGCAGCAGCCCACUCAGCCCCAACAGCCCAUCAAAGGUCAGGCUCGCCAGGGUGGCAUCAGGGCCAAGACUCCUGCCAAACCCAGCGGGGGGGGCAGCUAAUGAAACAAGUGAUUUUCUGACCGUACUGAAGUUCUGGAUCCCACAUCAGCUGAUGCCAGAUACCCCCAUCACAUUGUUAACAGCACCACACCUUUACCUAUUCUUCACCUGAUUAUAGCAGUUUAACAUAACAUGGAACAAUUUUAAGUAGUCUGGCAGAUCAAUCACAGCGUCGCUACCAAUAAUAAAUCUGGUGGGAUCCAAAAUUUUGCUUUACAGAGUAAAUACUUAAACUCUUUGUUUUGUUUUUUUUUUGAAAUACGGAAUGUCUCUUGAAAAUCCCCCCCCAGCCCAAAACAUCAAAUGACAGACAGGCCUUCAAAGUGAUGAUUAUAAUGUUUCCUAACAGAUCUCUGAGGCUUUAUGGGUAAUUCUGUGUUGUCAAUUAGCGUAAGUGUAUUCAUAAAUAGUCCUUUUUAUGUCUAAUUCCCUUGUCUAUAGAUAAUGAAUGGAGAAUAAUGCACGUUCCUUUAGUCAUUUGUUUUUUAUUGCAGCAAAUACACUGUAAACAUGUACUUUAGUAUUUUGUGUUUUCUCAUAAAUUGUCUUUUUUUUAUUGAUGUCAAGAGAAAAAAAAACUGUAAAUAUCAAUGAAAAACAUUUGUACUUGUAAAGUAGUCGUGUUUUCAUUGGGUUUUUUCAGCCUAAUUGUAAUAAAGUGUUUUGUUUUUAUACACAUUCAUCUUUUUUCCUUUCAUUAAAUCUGUUGUAAGUCCUUUGAAA